AUGCAGUCUGUCAUCAAUGAAGUUGUGACAUCUAUUUUCUAUGAGAAGGGUCCAAAAGAGGUUAUUAACUUCUUUGAUUAUUUACAGCCUUUAUUGAUGGAGAAUAUCUUUGUAGAAGACUUCACUGUUAGUCUUGAAGAUUUUUCUGUCUCUGGCAAAGUUAUAGAAAAUAUUCAGAAGGAUAUCCAAGCCAUUUCUCCUUUGCUUUAUCAGUUAAGGUCAACAUAUAAUGAAUUAGUCAAGUUGCAAGUGGAGAAUCACAUCCGACUAGAAAAAGAACCAAUUGUUGAUUUCAUACUAAAAUCAUCCACCUUGGCAAAUCCUGAUGGCUGCAGCGACUCAGACCAGACUGCUUUGAUCGCAGGUUUAACGGCCCGUCUCUGUACGGCGCUCGUUGAGGCGAUCAUCGGCAUUCUUCUCUACAAACGCCAUAUGCGAAUCUUGGAAGCACAAGAGCACCUACGGAAGGAGCGCGAAGCAAUUCUUAACGCCAACAAUGGUGGCAAAGCAGCCAAGGUUUUCACCGGCAAGGAGAUAAAGAAAGCAACGAACAAUUUCUCGAGAGACCGUAUCCUAGGAGCCGGUGGCUACGGUGAAGUCUACAAAGGAAUUCUCGAUGACGGCACCAUCGUUGCCGUCAAAUGUGCCAAGCUCGGCAACACCGAAGGCACUGAUCAAGUCCUGAACGAAGUACGGAUCCUAUGCCAAGUCAAUCAUAAAAGCCUUGUCCGACUACUCGGAUGUUGCGUCAAACUCGAGCAGCCUAUAAUGGUUUAUGAGUUCAUUGAAAACGGGAACCUAUUAGAUCAUCUGCAGAGCCCCAACACCAGUGACAGAGCGCAACUCUCUUGGAACUGUCGCCUCCGAAUCGCCCGUGACACCGCCGAAGGCCUUGCAUACCUGCAUUUCUCUGCAGUUCCUCCGAUAUAUCACAGAGACGUCAAGUCCAGUAACAUCUUACUCGAUGUGAAGUUGAAUGGUAAAGUUUCGGAUUUCGGGUUAUCUCGGUUGGCACACACCGAUAUGAGUCACAUAUCAACAUGUGCUCAAGGCACACUCGGAUAUCUCGAUCCAGAAUACUACCGGAGCUACCAAUUGACCGAUAAAAGUGAUGUUUACAGCUUCGGGGUCGUUUUGUUAGAGCUUUUAACUUCGCAAAAGGCCAUAGAUUUUAACAGAGACUCAGAUGAUGUGAACUUGGCAAUAUAUGUGAAGAGAAUGGCAGACGAAGAGAAAAUCAUCGAUGUUAUUGAUCCGAUAUUGAUGGAGAAAGCGAGUCCGUUGGAGAUUGACACCAUGAAAGCAUUGGGAUUUCUUGCAUGGAGUUGCUUGGAAGAACGUAGACAAAACAGGCCUUCCAUGAAAGAAAUCACUGAGGAAAUUGAAUACAUCAUAUGCAUUGCUUCAGUUAAGGCUGUUGAAAACUAG